AUUCGCAAUCCACUUGCGGGGGCAGCAGCCGAUGAUUGGCUAAACUGCAGCCUGAAAUUCUUCAGCCUGGCCACAUUUGCGCCUGAUGACCUGCAACAAAUCCACCCAGACGCGGCGCGUAAAAAAAGGUCGAGCAUCAUCAGGCUUUACUGGCAUUUUGGCUAGCCUGCUGUCCCUCUGUGUGGUGAAAAAAAUUUUUUGUGGUGGAGACCGUUUUGGCCCUUCAUCUGGUCGAUUUCUCCACGACUGCCUGCGCCCUGGGCUCCACGCGCGAGUAUUUAAGCCGGCAGUUGUGCCCGGCCGUCCGUUUCGCGACUCUCCUCUUUUCCUUUUUACUUUGCUCCGUAUAAUCCACUACUUUCUUUUCUUCGCUCUCACAUUUUCUGCUCUGAAGCUCAUCUGCGACCUGACUCGUCCACAACUCCAGGCCAUCUUUUCCACAACCUAUACUUGUAAGUCUUGUGUCUCAUGUUGGGCCACCUCAGGCCGGGGGGUUUGCUGGUGCUGGUGCUGCUGCUGAGUACGCACGAACGUUGCCGAUGCCGGCUGCUCUGUUGUACACCAGAUGUGUCUCGUUUGCCCCUGUGCCGCUGCUUUUGCAUUUCUAAAUCUCGCGCUACACAAGCCAAGGGGAGAAGCUCUACCCUUGCCUGACAGCAAGGAGGCAGGGGACCUGUGGCCAUGGAGGAGUAGGCAUGGUGUGUGUUACUGCCCUACAUCUCAUGUGCAUUUAUAUUGGUUCGUAAUCACCUUGUUGGCCG